AUGUAAAGUUGUAUCGUGAACGGAUGUUAAGCUUGUUUCGGACUUUUUCGUACGGUCAAAAAAAAAAAAAAAAAACAGGACACACAAAUUGGAUUUUUCUUUAAAAUGAAAGGAAAAAUAUUUAAUUCUGUGCCAUUUUAGGUUUAUUUCGAAUGAACACAAAUAAAAUUCACACACUAAAAAUCAUUGUUUCAUGAAAAAGAAUUGAAAAUAUAAAUUUUCUUGGAAUUAAAGCAGCAAAAAAACAUACAAAAGCAAAUGGAGCAAUUAAACUGGGUCAUUUUAAGGAUGUUGGUUGUGUUUUAAUCACAAACACUACCUACACAAAUUAUGCCAAUAAAAAUUCAUUAAAGAUAUUAUAAUUUAAAAAAAUUAUAAAAUUGAGCAAACAAAGUUUAAUAAUAUUAGAAUUCCCGUGUUGAAUUACCAAAAUUAUUUCAUAUAAACAAAAAAAAAAAAACUUAAAAAAAAGUUACGUAUACGCCCCACCAUCCAUAAAUAGUAAAUAUUUUAUCAAACAAUAAAAAGUGUUUUUUUUUAUCGGAAUUAGUUUAAUAUGAAUCACUAAAAUACUAAGAAAUAAAAUAACAAAAAAAAGGCGCGCAAUUGUUUUUUAAACAAUACCUACUUUAGCAAAAGAAAAUACUAGUUUUGUUUGUAUUUUGUCAUAUCGAAUUGAUUUUCCUUCUGCGUGCGUUGGGUCUAGGAUUUUGACCGAAUCCUUUUUACGGAGAAAAAUACAACUUUUGCUAUUGCGUGUGAGUUGAGUUAAUUCUUAUCCGACAACCGACAGUGCUGAGUUUGUUUGCGAUUGUGUUUGUUUGUGUAUGUCUGGCUGUGUGUGUGUGUGAAAAUUUGAAACACAAAAAAAAACUCCUUUAGCGUGUUCCUAUUUUGCAAAAUUAAUUGCAUCGAAUUUUUCAAGUUUCCUUCCUUUUUUUUAUUACUCCUCCGACCAUUUAAAAACAAAUUUGAUUAUUGAAGAUUUCCUAGGAAUCGAGAGUCAUGGCGAAGGCAGCCUAUAGCUUUGACUUUUAACCGAGAUACCCCCGUGUGUUAGACAUUUUCCACUUGUUACCCUUGAAACGAAAAUGAUUCUUUUUUUUGUGUGUGUAUAUAAGUGAAUUUCAAUUGAAUUGUGUUAUGUGAUGCAAUCGCGUUUUUGCUGUAAGAUUUUUUGAUAGAUAUAUAAAAUGCAACUAAAAUAGAGAAAGAGAGAACUGUGUUUUAAUUUAUCUUUAAACUUCUAAGAAAAUCCUUGAGUUGUUUCCUAAUUCGAAAGGAAGAAAGAAAAAAAUUAAUUAUAUAAAAUAUAGUCAAGGCUAUUUGUGUGUACCUACAUUAUAUUCGUUUUGGAAUAUUUAAAUUUCUUUGUUUUAUUGUUCAUUGUCUGGAGAAAUAAUGCGAAAAAUCUUUGAUAUUUAAUUAAAAAAAGUUUAACUUCCAAAUAUACAUAAACCUACUAUAUGCAUGCGUGCUCGUAGGAUAUAAUUCGUUUGUUUAUUUUUGCGGACCAAUAUGAAAGAAGACUCAUCACUGGCAUUCAUGCGGAAAGCAUAUAAUUUAAUUAAAUGAUUCAUUUAGUUUGAUAAUUCUUAUAUCGACUAACAUUGAUUGACAAUGUAAAACUUUCCCACAUUUGCAGUCACAAGAGCCGUUCAAUAAAAAAAUAAAGCAGUUAUAUUGAAACAAGAAGCAAAAAAAAAAACCAACUUAAACGAAAGUCAACAUAUAUAAUAUCACCAUCAGGAUGGAAUAUUAUCCAUAUUUAAACGAACAUCGAACAGGAAAUUCUCAACAAGCCAAGAAUAAUAACAAAUUAAACAUUCAACCAAAAGCGAACAGUUUCCGAAACUCUAACCAAAAUUUAAUUGAAUGAAUUGUCCUUCAAGUAAUGACAUCCUUUGAGCUGUUGAAUGGACGCCAAAAACGAAUCAACAUCAGCCACGGUCUUCGUCGACGACGUUGUCGUCCUAUCUACAACUACUACAGCGUUCCUCCUUUCUUCGUUGUCAUCGUCAAUGUCGGUUGCUUGAGGGCGGAAAUUUGAUUCUGUCAAUAACUGCUAGCAAAGAAGGGCUCAUGUUGACGCCAUGCCAGUGAGAUUUCACUCCUUCAUUCUACAUGUAUACACAAAGCACAGACCAUCAUUCGGGUCCUUGAACAUGAAGAGCGUUCGAAGCGAAUUUCGAUUAAGAAAAGAUUAAAGGAUAUCCGUACACACGAAAAAGCUAAAAGGAAGGUUUAAUAUAUUUGAAACGUCGCUUCGCUUCAGUCGGUCGUCGUCGUUGUCUUCGUUUUUCGUCAUCGUCAUCGUUAUCGUCGUCGUCGGUCGUCUUCUUGACGUGAUUCAAGGAUAUGGUAGUUUUAUAUUUUGAUAAAUCAUUUCCGUGAGAAUACCAUUGACCACAAUCAAUAAAAACGAUACCCACCACACAAGUGUCAAGUGGCGAAAUAUUGCCACUUACUUGAGAUUCAGGAACAGACUACAUAUCAAACGAAAAAAAAACCGAACUACACUCGAGAUUAUUCGUCUCGCUCGGAACUUAUCAUCUAAACCGCCUUCAAGCUAAUGGAUGCAUCGCAAACUAGAGCAACUCAAAAUCCACUUCAGCAGAUAAAAAAUUGCUUAUAACUGAUGAUCGCAAAACGACGCAGCGACGAGCCGACUUCGCUGAGGGAUUGUUCGGUGAAGAUACCUCUGGACAUUCUAUGGUUACCCAAAUCGGCGAUGAGGCCGGUAGGGCCAGAAACAUCACACACCGACUGCAUUCUCGUGGUUGGCGUAUCCCGUCCUAAAUUAGCUGCUGUUUUUCUUACAGUCAUGCUUCUUUCUUUAUUUUUGACAUUUCAUGUUCUUUAUGACAGUGCGGUUUAUAACAUUCAAGCAGCGCAAGCAGUCUCCGAACGUCGCAGAUUUACGAUACUAGCACACAGAAUGCCAGAAUUUAUUAAGCCUGGCGAAAUGAGCCCAAUUAAUCAUCCAAUGGUUUUUCCAAAUCGUGUACAUUUUCCAAAAACAAGCAGACGGUUACCACAGGCACUUAUUAUUGGGAUUCGAAAAUGUGGGACACGUGCUCUUUUGGAAAUGUUGUAUUUACAUCCAAGGAUACAAAAAGCAGGUGGAGAGGUUCAUUUUUUCGAUCGUGACGAAAACUAUAUGAGAGGAUUGGAAUGGUACCGAAAAAAGAUGCCACAUUCGUUUCGUGGACAAAUCACAAUAGAGAAGAGUCCGAGUUAUUUUGUUUCACCAGAGGUUCCAGAACGUGUUAGAGCAAUGAACGCCAGCAUAAAACUUCUUCUGAUCGUUCGUGAGCCGGUAACGCGGGCCAUAUCUGAUUAUACACAAUUACGAAGUCAUGCUGCAACAGCUACAUUGCCACUUGCGGCCGAUGGCCCCCCACAACCACCACCGCCACCACCACAAACAGAUAAGCUCCAUUCGUCAUCCUACUUUUCCUCUUCAUCCUCCUAUUCGUCCUCGAUGCACAAUAAUAGAUUACCAUCGUCCUCAUCGCAAUUAUAUGACAGUUAUACUGCAAAUCGACCGAAUGCUAUAGGAAGUGAUACAACUACGACGACGCCAUCGUCAACAGGAAAUGGAGCCUCCUUUAUACCAAAAUCAUUUGAAGAAUUGGCUAUAUUUCCAAAUGGCACGGUUAACGAAUCCUAUCGUCCACUUACCAUUUCAAUGUAUCAUCUUCAUUUGCAUCGAUGGCUUGAAGUCUUCCCCCGUGAACAAUUGCUUGUUGUUAAUGGUGAUCAAUUGAUCGAAGAUCCCGUUUCACAACUCAAACGAAUUGAGUCGUUUCUAGGUGUCGAACAUCGUGUCACGAGCAAUCAUUUUUAUUUCAAUGAAACCAAAGGAUUUUACUGCCUGCGAUAUGACAGCGGAGAUCGAUGUUUACGAGAGACAAAAGGACGAAAGCAUCCACACGUCGACCCGUUGGUUGUGUCAAAAUUGCGCAAAUUUUUUGCUGAACACAAUCAGAGAUUUUACGAACUGGUUGGUGAGGACUUGGGUUGGCCAGAGGAGUAAAACAACAACAAAAACCAUACAAAAGUUGCACAAUAUUACAGCGUUACAAAAAACCAAAAAAAAAACAAAAAUAGAACAAAAGAACUGAUGGUAAACUGGGGAUGUUGAUUUUUGUUUCUUAAAAAAAAAGAAUAUGUAUGUAUAUUAUUUCUUACUUUUAACGCAGUUACUUUUUUAUGAACGUCUUUGUGGGUCGUAAAUGAUAAUUAAUUACAUAAUAUAUUUUUUUAUAUUCGUAUAUAGUAUAUUGGAUAUACACAUGUACAAUAUUAGUGAAAUUUGUUACAUAAAAAAAAAACAAGUGAAUGACAAUUGGGUUGCGUAUGAUUGAAGGUGAAUGAGUAAAUUGUAUGUAAAAUUUUACUUUUUAAAUUUGGUAAUUAAAAGUGAAUGAUCAAAUCAUUCAACAUGCGCGAAAAUAUCCUUUCAAACAUUUUUUUUUGGCCAACACGAAUUCCAAAGUUGAAAACACAGUAAGUUUCCUCAACGUAAAAAAAAAAAUUGGAUGAACUGUGGUUAAUAAAAUUUCGUACCAACAAUUUUUGUAUUGAAUAUUAUAUACAUUUUUGAAAGAAAAGACAUAAUUC